AUGGCCCGUGUGCUUCGCCCGCGGCGAAGAGUCCAGCAGUGGGUCAUCAGCGGGAUAUCGGAGAAGACAGAAGUCCAGGGCGGCUGGCGGCGUGGGGCGCCACCUGGUGGCGAGGUCCUCACCACAAACGAGUCGAAAAAACUCAGAGAGCUGAGAUCAAAGGCCAGGAAGGCGGGUCGCAAUCCCGACCUCGUGGUGCUGCCACCCAGGGCACUGCCGAAGCCCAGGCUGCCCCAUCCACCCGAUGUGGCUUUACUGGAUUCCCAGCUCCCGGUGCCCCCACUGCUGCCACCGCCGGGUGCUGACGGCGCAGCGCUGAGCCGUGCAGCAGCCACUGCUUCGCAGAGCGGAGAAGGCUUGGCGCUGUUCCCGAGCCUCUGCACCCGUGCGCGUGAGAUCCUGGCGAGCUUUGAUCCGCCGGACUUGGCUCGCUUGGCGAAGGCCAUGGCAAGGGCGAGACAUGAGGACUCGGAGCUUUCUUCGCUCCUGCUCAAGCAGGGAGUCAGCCGAUUGGCCUACUUCGACGCAGAUCGCUUGGUCCAGUUUCUCUCCGGACUCCGGGCAGUGCUGCCGGCCAGCGAGCUAGCGCCUGCAUCAGAGGAGCUUCGGCUCCGCACCGCGGAACUCCGUGGCCGUGGGGCGCUGUCAGCGGCCGCCACACUGGCUCCGCGACUGCUGCGAGGAGGCGAGCUCCUCUCAGCGCUUGCGCCGCAGCUGGAGGCGCGGCUUUCCUCCGACGGCUUUCGGGCGAGAGACCUAGCGAAGGUCUGCAAAGCCUACAGCGCCCUCCGCUUCCAUGAUGCGGCGCACAUCUCGGCCUUAGUCGCCUGCUGCAGGUUCACGCUGGACGAGGCCUCGCCGGCAGAUGUGUCGCAGCUGGCAGAAGCGGCGAUGCGAGGCGGCGUGAAGAACGCGGACGCCUUCCUCAAGGAGGCUGCGAUGCUUGCCACCAAGCAGGCGGCGUUCAUGCUGCCCUUCGAGAUGGGCCUUUGUGCAAUGACAUUUGGACCUUCUGCAGCCGACUUCCUGGCUAAGAGCCCUUCGAGUGAGCUCGCCGCAAUGGAGGCGGCGGUGGCGUCAGCAGAGCUGCUCCAUGCCAUUGGCCGUGCGGCUGCCUCUGCAGCUCCGAGGCUUCAGCCGCACCAGGUAGCCUCCGUUUUGGAGGGCUGCGCCAGUUGGCGCCUCGGCCUGCCAGCAGCACCUCUGGCAGCACUGGCGGCCGCCGCGUCGGCACCGGCACCGCUGACGGCCAGCGCGCUUCGGAGCCUUGCGCUGCUCUUGCCUGCGUCCACGGCCGAGAUUCCGGACGUAGCGUCAAAGACACUUCAGGGCCCGCUACGUGUGGACAGCGAGCGGCAGGCAGCGAUGGCUACGGAACAGGAGGCCCUCCGGGAAGCUUGGCGGAGCACUGCUUCGCUAGAUGCCAUGCUGCGACAGCAGCUGACAAAUGGAGAAGGUUGGGAAUCCCUGAGCUUGAUCAUCAAGGCAUGCACUGCGUUUGAACGGGUGCAGCCUGAUUGGUGCCAGCAGGAGCUGGGCGCUUCCUUGCCUUUGUUAGAGGCACUCCAGAUGGGCCGGCAGAGGCUGCCAGCAGACUUUGAGGUGUCCGAGGAUCCAGCUGCUCUGCUGUGCGCUGUGGGCGAGGAUGCUGGAGCCGGGGGCCUCAGCUUUAGGUCGUUCAUGCCAUCGCUGGUUAUUCUCCUUGAAGUUUGCCAUCUGUCUCGCGCAACCAACUACUUGGAAACGGAAACAACGACAAGCGCCACACAGACCACGACCGGCACUGUGGUGGAGACUCCAGCGGAGUGCGCGGUCUACGCCCGCAAUUGCAACAGCUGCUUCGGGAACGGUUGCCGAUACUGCCAGGUCAGCCCGGAGUCCUGGAACUUUGGUGGCAACAACAACCCGCCAGUCGCGCUGGACUAUGUCUGCGUGUCGCAGCACUACCAGUGCAUUGACUUGCUUCAGCUUCGAACAGAUGUGAAGAGCGUCGUCCCGGUUGCCGUGACCAGCUGCGGAUCGCUGGAGCCACCGAGGGCCAUGACCACACGGCGGCCCACCACUACGACGGCUUAUGUGGCGCCAGACCUUGGCAUCCUGAGUUCGAGUGGCGGCGAUGCUCCUUGGUGGCCCGAUGAGUGGAGUGUGGCGGUCUGGCUGGCCAUCAUUCUCGUCUCGGGCUUCAUCCUGGGCUUCUGCUGUUACCUGGGCCGCCGCUGCCGGCGAAGCCUGCAGAGAGUUCAUGUGGCGCCACAAAGUGCGCUGGACUCCCGGAUGUUCAAGUCCAAGGGCGGCUCUGUCCAAUGGGACUUCGCCAAGGCUGGCGUUGUGAAUGUUAGCGACCUGGAGGCGGCAAAGCGCGCCUUAGCUGCUGCGCUUCGAAGCGAGGCUUCCUCAGAAGCGCUCCCAAGCCGCGGGCGAUGUUUGACAUUUUGGGCCUCCAACUGCUUGCGUGUGGCCGUGCUUUCGGAGUUGGACGUUCUUCUUGCGACAUAUCCGAUUUUGACAAUCAGCUUUGAUGCCGAUUGGCGUCGAUCUGACAAUGCCACCAUCGAAGCCUUGGCCAAACUGCUGCUUCGCCACCGGGGCCGCUGCAAAUUUCGAACAGGUGGCUCGCAACCCUUGGCGCUGCCCGCGGCUACAUUGGCGACGAUCUCGUCCUGUGGGGAGGCCCUGGCUGCCUCACACACCGAGGUAGACUCCGUAUCCUUCGAAAGAGGACCGAAAGAUGAUGCGCCAUGCAGCGCAUCACUGGCGGGACUCAGGCUGAGCUCGCAAGAGGUGAUUUUCCAUCGGCACCCGUUGGGAGAUCAAGGUUGCAGUUUGGUGUGUGGCUUCGUGAAAUCAUGGGGUGCCAGGCUGCAGAUUUGCAGGCUUGUUGAGUGUGGCUUCGGCGAUCUCGCAGCCGCCGGCGUGGCGCGCUUGUUGGCGGACGCUCGACAGCCUGCAUCAGCUCUCAGGGAACUCAAUCUGAGUGCCAACAAGUUCGGAAACGGGGGCGCGGCGGAGCUCGCCGAUGCACUGCCCCGGCUCGACUCCCUGGAGAAGCUGUUGCUGGAAAGGAACAAAAUUGGGGUCUUGGGGGCCAAGGCUUUGGCAGCGCGUCUUCCGCGCAGCAACGUGCGGGAGCUCGUCAUGGGCACCCACCUGGGUGGGAAUCCCCUGGGAGAGGAGGGCGUGCAGGCUUUGGCAACUGCGCUGGAUGACGCCAUGCCACGGGCAGCAGCCAACCGGGCGAUGCGGCUCCAGGCCCUUGCAUUGGAGGAUUGCGGAGUCGGCCAAGCAGGUGCCAAGGCACUUGCCGAGUACAUCCCGAAGAGUGUCCUCCAGGCUUUGUCAGUGGCGCGCGGCCACCUAGCAGACGACGAUGCUACAGCCGUGCUGUUGGCCUUGCCUGGCAGCAUCUCCUUCCUGGACCUCUCGGGAAAUGAGCUCAGUGACCUCACGGCCUCCAUCGCUGGAGAGGCCUGCGCCUUGCUGUCCUAG